AACACACACACACAUGAAUACACCGGUCUGAAGACUGAUAACUGCAGCAGCUAUUGUGGACGAGCAGCGGAGACACACAAGUUAUUCUAACGGAGAGACCUUUAAAUACUUAUUUAUUUAUUUAUUGGUUUGUUUGUGUGAGGAGUAUUUAUUGCUAUCAAAGAUGAACGGAGUGUCGAGAAGUCUGUGCACAUUUGAUGACAUCAGAAAUCAAGAACAUGGGGAGGGUUGCAGGCGACUGCGUCUCACACUGCACGACCAGAGACAGGCAGCUCGGAGCACGGAGCAGCACAGGGACAAGCCCAUUGGACGUGCUUUUGCGCUGGUGCAGCCGGCCAAUGACAGGACAUCUCUGAAUCCUGAACCGGUCAAAUUUCAAGAGGAGCAGGUGGAGGUUAUCAAGGUUUAUCUAGAGGCCCGUAAACAGGAGCAGCAGAAACACCAGCAGAGCCUUCAGAUGCUGUCUGAUGAAGUUUCACAGAUACAGGAGGUGAGAUACUGCCUGAAGACGCUGAGGGAGCAAAUGGCAGCCAAAAACAAGCCGCUCACAAACGGGUGGAAAGUUGGUCUUCCCUUCAGAAGGAGCGCCCCGUCUGCCUCCAACGGAGCGGCUAGAGCCGAAGCACAGGAAGCAGAGGAAGAAGCGGAGAGAGCCAAGCUGAGGGAGGUCAGUAAGCGCUUAUAUGCACAGCUACAGGAAGCGGAAAAGAAACACCAAGAGGACAAAGAGAGGCUGCAGGUUGAGGGCAUCAACCUGAGGCAGCGUCUGAGCGAGGAGGAGGAGAAGUUGAAGAUCACAACAGAAGACAGCGAGAGGAAAGACAAGCGCAUAGACGAUCUCCAGAGGUUGCUGGGAGGGAUGGAGCACGAGAGCGCCACCCUGCGGGAGGACAUCAGCAGCCGCGAGGAGGAACUGCGCGAGCUGCGCAAGAUCAGAGAGGAGGGUCAGAAAGGCGAUCAGAGGACUGAGCAGUUGGAGAGGGAGUUGGCUAUUCUCAAAGAAAAGAUCCACCAUCUGGACGACAUGCUGAAAAGCCAGCAAAGGAAAGUCAGACACAUGAUUGAACAGCUCCAGAACUCUCGCAUGGUGAUCCAGGAGAGGGAUCGCGUGAUCAAAGAGCUGGAGGAGAAAGUGGCUUUCUUGGAGGCUGAAAACCGUGAGAUGCAUGACCAGAUGGACUACUUCCUGGGAGGACAAAGGUCAAAUUCCUACCUUUCAUCGGAGCGCAAUCCCCAGAUCGUCUAUAGUAAACCAAUCAAGCCGUCCAACUCAUCCAACAAACCUCUCCCUUUCAUCAAAGUCAUCGAGAUCAGGUCAUGAAGCGACUGUGCAGAAGAAAGACGCGGAGGGCUCUGAACCACCAAACCUUUUCACCGCAGACUGAAACCAAACAGCAGCUCUACGAGUUGAGCUUCCUGGACUGUAAUUACAUCAACACUUUACAAACCACAAACACUCUUUGAAGGAAAGUGUGAUGUUUGGCGGCGCGCACACACACGCAUCACGGCUUGCUGCGUGUGUGUGUGUGCAUAAUGAACGAGUGUGUACGUCAGCUUUAACGUAGAUGCAUUGAGCGUACUGAUUCAGCUGAUGUGCAUUUGAAGUUGUACACGUGAUACUGCGUACUGUAUGCAAGUGUUUCCUUGCGCUGCCCUGUUGUGCUUUUUAACCUUUUUAAAGUUUCUGACAAUUUUGGCGUUGUGUUAUCAAAACAGAACCGCUGGGCAAAGUGCGGGAUGGCAGACCUUUUGCCAAAGUGGGAUUAUGAUGUUGUAAAAUCCAUUAUGUAGUAAUAUAGCAAACAUAGCUAACUAAGCUAAGCUAAUCUUUAACCAGAUGAUCUACAUCCUUGUACUCAGUCACUCAAGCAUGACUCUGUUCACUUUGGGGAGUGACUGCUAUGAUUCUUUAAGCGUGUAAAUACUGACUACAGUUUAUAUAAGGUCAACACCCUGCGAUGUUUAUAAAUAAAAUAAAAAAUAUACAUUUUUUAAGCAUAUAGCACUUCAUGAAACAGAAGGAAAAAUGACAUUGUCAGUGGUGAUGAAGAUAUUUGACAUUACCUUGUCAUUAUUCUACAUGUUAUUUAAACGUAAAGCAUUUCAGUUCAUUUUCCCUUCCCUAUGUGUAAACCUUGUUUUGUACAUAUUAAUUAAUGUGAUUUGAUGUUUUAAUUUCUACCUAACAACUUCUCCUUUUGUAUUUAUUUAUAUGAAAUGAAACCUAGACAGAUUAUGUGAUAAAUAUAUUCUAAUCUAUUAUCUGUGUUUGUGACUUUCAGAAUAAAUUACUGAAAAAUAAAA